UGUUUUGAUCCAAACUGCUUCUCUUCUUACUCCUACAGUUUACUUUGAGCCCGUUUUUUACCACAAUUCGAAAAAAAAAGUCAACUAAGUUUUUAUUCACACGGAAACAAUGAAGCUGACGGACAUCAAAAAGUUAAAAGUGGCGGAGCUGCGGUCCAGACUGAAGGAUCUCGGGCUGGAUAAUAAGGGACUGAAGGCUGAGCUGAUCGGCAGGCUGUGGUCCGCCAUAGAAGCGGGACAGAGUCCGGAUCAAGAGGUGAAACUACAACAUGACCGCUCACUGACACCUCCAGCACCACCGGAGACACUGGAGGUCCUCUCUCCGUCCUCACCACCCCCGACAGGAGCUGGUGUCGCUGAGCCGGACUGCCCCCGGGAGUACUCAGACUCCGCCACACAGACUGAGGCUGACACCGGUCUGCCAGCACCACAACACGGCUCUGAGUGUGUGUCAGCACCGCAGCAAAGCUCUGAGUGUGUUUCACAGUGUGUGUCCGUGGUUGGGGUGCAGCAGGGAGGUGCAGAGGCUCCUGCAGAGGACAGGACACCUCUGACGUCAGAGGAGAUGGUCAGAGGAAGAGCUUUCUACGAGUUCAAGGAGGAGAUACGAUACAAAAGAGCCAAAUCACCACAACCACCAGUGGACAGAGAGGAGAUGGAGGAGGCAGAUGAAGAUAAAGUCAGAAUAGAUCCAUACGACCGUCACCUCCACUUUGAGGUGGGUCCUGAUGGCUCCUGUGGCCAGCCACGGUUCUGGGAUCGAUUCCCCUCUCUUUGGUCCGGCUGCAGGCUCACCCACGGGGUGCUGCAGGGCAGGGUGGGCUUCGAGGUGAGGAUGGAGAGGAAGCUGUUGACUACACAGCUGGAGGAACGAGGAGACGCGGAGCCUUACGGCCUGAGAGUAGGCUGGUCUUUGGCCAACAUGCCUCUGCUGCUGGGUGAAGACCAAUUCUCCUUUUCUUAUGAUUGGCGUGGUAUAAAAGUGUCAGGUGGAAAGGAAGAAGAGUUUGGAGAAUCCUUCUCAGAGGGCGAUAUCAUCGGCUGUUAUGCUUCAUUCUCCACAGACGGUGCUGCUCAGCUCUCCUUCCAUAAAAACGGUCGUGUCAUGGGUGAGGCUUUUUCUCUGGAGGCCUCCGUGUUGCUCGGUCGUCCUCUGUUCCCUCACGUCCUCUGUAAGAGCUGUUCAGUCAGAUUCCUCCUGGACCCCGCAGCUCCUCCCUGGUACCCCGUCCCUGCAGGGUUCACCCAGCUGUCAGCUCUUUCUGCCGGGCAGAGAGUGCACAACACAUUACCUCCGUCCUCCAGAGCACAGUGUGAGGUGUUGUUGAUGGUUGGUCUUCCUGGUUCUGGGAAGAGCCACUGGGCCAGGACUCACAUGAAGCAGAACCCCCAGAAACAGUUCAGGCUGCUGGGCACAGAGGAGCUGCUCGCAUGUAUGAUUAGUGAAGGACAGAGGGACAGCCAGCUGCAGCAGGCCUCUCAGUGUUUAACUGAGUUGAUCAAGAUAGCUGCUCAGACUCCAGGGAACUAUAUCCUCGACCAGAGCAACAUCCUUUUCUCUGCACGACGUCACAAGCUGCAGCUGUUUGCGGGCUUCAGGCGCCUGGUGAUGGUGGUCUUUCCCUCAGUGGACGAGUGGAAAAGACGACUGUCCUGGCACGAGACGAGCAGCGGGGAGCAGAUCCCCGAGACCGCCCUGCUGAAACUCCAAGUGAGCUUCAGUCUUCCGGAGCCGCAGAUGGACCUGCUGGAGGAGCUGCAGUACGUGGAGCUGCCUCAGGAACAGGCACAGACGCUCCUGCAGCAGUGUAAAGAAGAGGCUCGCAGACUGCUGCCUCCCAUCCCCAAGCAGGAGAAGAAGAAACACCGACUUCAGAAGAAGAGACCCCACCCUCACGGCCCUCCACCCCCUCACAGGAACAAGUGGAACGACACGAGGCUCAACAUGCAGAUGUGGAGACCGAGAUAUUGGAGCGUGCCUUAUCAGGACCAGAGCUGCUACUACAGAGACGUGGGGUACAGUGGAUACGGAGGUUACUGUUGAACAAACGUGGAGCACAAGGAAACAGAUGCUGCUGCACUGUGUUUACAAAGACAAUCAACCUGCUAAAAGAAAGAAAGGGCUAACUAACUACAUCAGCAAUAUUAUUCAGAGGACUACAGACUUCAGUGUAUGUUGCACUUGCUGCUUUGACCAAUCAAAGAUAAUCAGUUUCGUAGUAUUAAAUAAUUUUACCAGCAACACUUUUAAGAUUUUUAUGCAAAAUAGUUUUUAAUAUUUUUAAUCAUGUUUCAACUGUACAGUGUACAAAUUUGAAAAGAAUAUUCAGUCUUUUGCACAUUUCUAACAGUAUUGGUUAGGGAGUGGUUAAAUUCAGAGUAAUAAAUCCCUGAACUUUGAAAAGUUUCUCUUUGUGUUCAUUUAAUCAUCUGGUUUCAUUUUCUGAAGCGAUCA